CUGGUGUGUGUCGAAACAUGCGUAACAUUGUCGAGUGUGACACCGUAAUUAGUUUUUGAUAUAUUUCUCAUAAUUGUUGGUUUUGAUUUUAUUUGAAUAUACGGAACUGUUUCGUGAAAACUAAUGCUUUGUGGUGAACAUUGUCGGGUAGCGAAAACAACUUGUUCUCUUCGAGAAAGAAACGAAACGAUUCGACGCUCGUUUGCCAUAACCAAUAAUUUUAGCACAUACUAGUGGCUCCAUCUAUUGGAAAACGCGUAGCCCAUUGUUAUCGACAGUGAAGUUAAAUUGUUAGUGGACUUUAUCCACUAACGCCAUCUCUUUGAAAAGCGUUGAAACUGUUUGUACAUCAUUAUCGACAGCGAAUAUAUUCAUAUAAUUACAAUACGAUUGAAAGUUCAAAAUGUAUGAACACUUGUUCAAGAGUCCUCUACACCGUAUCUUCGUAUACGGGACACUAAAGCGAGGAGAACCCAACCACAAUUUGAUCCAAGAUGUUGCAAAUGGAUACGCAAAGUUCUUGGGACUUGGAAGAACCGUUGUUCCGUAUCCGCUAAUAAUUGCCACUCAUUAUAAUAUACCAUUUUUGUUGAAGAAACCUGGCUUUGGUCACCAUGUAUUUGGUGAAGUAUACGAUGUCGACACGAAAAUGUUAAAAAAGUUAGACGAACUAGAAGAACAUCCAACGUUUUACGAACGAUCAGAGGAAGAUUUGUUGAUUGCUCCAGAAGGCAAGGCCAAAUCGAGCGAUAAUUUUGAAGAGAUCAGUACCUUGACAAAGGUCUGGAUAUAUUUUCUACCAAGGUUCAGGGCAUCCUUGUUGGAGAAUCCCAUGUACAGCUCGUACAGCAACGAGGGAAGUCACGGACUCAAAUAUUGCGAAAAGUAUGCUCGCGAUCCCUCGUACAAUCACAGAAGCGAAGUUCAGUGAUAGUUCAUCCCCAAAAUAUAUUUGUUUCCAGCGAGGAGAGUACAGUAAGGCCGGAAGACCUACUCUGAUCAAGCUGUUUUGCAUAAUAUGUUGUUAACCCCAUCAUCGCAUGAACGCUUCAACUUCAUGUUUGUUAAUCGUGAUAGUUAAUAAAAGAUUUUUCGUCGAAUGAAAACCAUUGAAAUUUAAUCCUCUGCAGUCUAAUAUGUCUUUUUACCAUCAACAAGCAAGUUUCCUACUCAAUCUACUUUUUCUUCGACAUUUAAGACUCUAGAGGUUUAAAUAUUAUCUCUCGUUAAUUUCCAUCGCAACGAGUUAACAAGCGCUAUGUUCUCUCGCAUAAAGUGAACCGACCGUUGAAAAAACAUUUUGACAGUACGUAUAACAAUGAAAAGUGUCUCCAUAAAUACCUAUGUACAAUCUCGAAAAUAUAUCUUGUAAUAUAUAAUUACUAUUU